AUGUUGGAGAGCGGAGCCAUACACGAGUUGGACCUAAUAGUGACCACAUCUACAGACACGACAGCCCGCACCUGGUCGUUGCUGACAGGCGAGUGUCACAAAGUGUUGGACGGACACAGGGGUGCCGUCAACUGUGUAGCCCUUGACCCUCACAAUAAGAGACAUAUCUACACGGGAGGGGCCGACUCUGUGAUCAAGUGCUGGGACUCUAUUACUGGUGAUCUCAUACGAGAGCUUAAAGGACAUAAGGGGACCAUAUUGUGUCUGGUGUCUCACAAUAGGAUCCUGUACUCAGGCAGUGCUGACCACACGGCCCGGGCCUGGGCUAUGGAGUACGGGGAAUGCACUCGAGUCUACUGGCGGAACACCAGUUCUGUCACAUGUGUUCAGUAUUACGAUGGCAUCAUUUAUACGGGUGGCAGUGAUUGUACGGCCAGACUCUACGACUCGAACUCCGGUGCCCUCAAGAGGACGUGUUUGGGACAUAUAAAUGCCAUCUCAGCCCUUAAGGUAGCGCCGGGUAAGAUGUUUACGGGCUCUUUUGACGGGAAGGUAUGUGUGUGGGACUGCACCGGUAUUGUGGCCGACACUGUGUUUGGGAAUGUGAACGAUGCCAAUGAGGAUCAAAGUGAUAGGGAGGAGAGUAUCGAUAGUAUUAACGUUCAAAAUGCUUGCAAAGCACUCGACUCUUACAUACGGAGCUUUCGUCACCACAUCUGCCAAUUCAGUGCAUACCAGACCUCAAUAGACAUGAAACCACUCUUUCUAUUCCUAUUACUCGCCAUCUAUUCAUUCAAUGGAUGCACUGCUCAGUGGAAAGAGUUUAAGGAGGGAGUACUGGGAACGGGAUGUCUCAUCACAAUCACACCCAAACUCACCAGAGAUUGUUUGGACGCUUUUGACAAAGAGCUGGACCGCAGACCCAAAGAUGAAAGGGAUCAGAAGGUCCUGUGUUGCGCGUAUCUGUCCCUCCAGUCGUGUGUACUGAAGCUGUCGGAGAAGGAGUGCGGAGAAGAGGGAGAAUCGGUAGCCAAGAGUUUCCUCAAAACCAUAAACCGGAGCAUCACUUCCGACGACUGCAUUGACUACGGACUCAUCACUUGCAUUACGAUCACACAGAUAGCCAUCGCGGGGGCCAUAUUGGGCGCCCUCCUCACCCUCUGCACGUGCAUCUGUUGCUGCUGUUGCGGUCGCAGUAAGCGUAGGGGUCGUGUC